UCUCACGCCGGCAGGAUGUAGUUUGUACACUCACACCUGAAGCUGCUGCACUGAACACACCGGUGCGUCGGGCUCUGACAAUGUUGACCGACGUCAUUCUGGAGGAAGAGUUUGAGAAGAAUGGGCAGAACUGGUUCGACCAGCAGGACCUGGAACACGAUCUCCAUCUGGCAGCGGAGCUGGGGAAAACCCUCCUCGACAGGAACCAUGACCUGGAGCAGGCCCUGCAGCAGAUGUACUCCACCAACGAGGACCAGCUGCAGGAGAUCGAGUACUUGACCAAACAGGUGGACCUGCUGCGUCAGAUGAACGACCAGCAUGCCAAAGUGUACGAGCAGCUGGACGUGGCCGCCAGGGAUCUGGAGCAAAGCAACCGGAGACUAGUGCAGGACAGCCGCCUGGCCCAGCAGAAGAUCCACAGUCUUACAGAAACCAUCGAUGGGCUUCAGAGCCACAUGGAGGAGCUGCAGAUCCAGGUGGAGGAGCUAAAGACUGCCCAGGCAGAGCGAAACAAGAGAGAUCUGGCCGAGCAGCGACGCAACCUCGGAGCACAGAGCGUGUCCUGCCUCAAGGAGCUGUACGACCUGCAGCAUGACAGGUAUCCAGCCCACGAUAACCAGCGCUUCGACGGACUCUGGUCGCCUCAGAGCUCCUUCUGUGACACAGACAGAAAUCCGGACCCCGAGCAGGAGAACCAGGCCCUGCAGCGCUCCGUCCAGACCCUCCAGGGCCAGAUCGCCGUGGAGCGGAGCCGCAGGGAGGCUGCCGAGCAGGAGAUCGAGCUGACCGCCACAGAGAACAGGAGUCUGGAGCAGCGUCUGGCCCUGCUGGUGGGCUGCCGGGUCAGGCAGCAUGAGCUGGAGGCCGAGGUGGAGCAGCUGAGGCUUCUGUGGCGCGCUGACUGUGCUAACAGCGUCAGAAGACCGGAGCAGCUCCUGGUGCCCGACACGGUGUUCUUUGGCUCUGAGGAAAGGUCCGGCCCAGGGCAGAGUGAGGCGGAGGAGAACGUAGAAAAGGUGGAGAAUCAGAGCAGAUCCAGCCGACAGAGGUGUAACAGCGACAGCGUUCUGAAAGCAACGAACCCAGAUGAGAUUCGCCGCGGUCACGAGCUGCUGUGCGUCAGGCGAGCGGAGGCGGUGAAGCAGAGGGGCAUCUCUCUGCUCAACGAGGUGGACGCUCAGUACAGCGCGCUGCAGGUGAAAUACGAUGAGCUGCUGCAGCGGUGCCAGCAGGCAGCAGACGGACUCAGCCAUAAAGCCGUCCAGACGUCCAGCAGCACCUCUGCGAGCAGCCGGACCCGCCGCCGCCUGUCCAGCUCAGCUGCCCUGUCGGACCUGCCAGCGGUUUUGGAGGACGGCCAGCAGCCGGAGUACAAGACUCUCUUCAAGGAGAUCUUCACCUGCAUCCAAAGGACCAAAGAGGACCUGAGCGAGAACAGACAUCCAGUCAGGGAUUCCCAGAGUUCUGCCAAAUGAUUGCUCUUCAUCAUCCUGGGACUUGAUCUGUGAAAGGCUUGAUUAAGUCGAAAGUUUGAGGUUGCUUUGCUAUAAAACUAUUCAGAGGGCGUAGAUGCUCUGAGAACGUUUGAGCUUCUUAGACACGCUGUGUUUGCUUCUGUCAGUCUGCACUGUUGCUUUUAUUCCGUCCUCGUUAUAUUAAGCACCUUUUAUGAUAUUUGAUGCAUUCCAGAAAGCUACAGAUGACUAAAGAGUAUUCUACCUGGAAAUAAUUUCACUGAAAUUUAAAAAAAAACAACAACAUUUGAGCAGCUUGACCUCCAGAUCCACCAGUAUUACGUCCUGCCUCCGUGCUUGUGUAACGUUCACCCUGUGAUUAUUGGCUGUCGGGGCUACGCGGGGUUUUGUCUGUGAGCUGGAGAACAGCUGAUGAUGUUUGAAAAUGGGUUGUGUAAUCAGAAAUGUUGGAAUGUUGUAAGAGGAUGAAGAACCGUAGUGGCGUAAUCGGGAAGGACUCAGGAGUUUAAGAUAAUUAGCUUAACAGUUGGUGUAGGUUUGGUUUCGAGGGUCUUCGGCACGUCGAUGUAAGUGGACACUGGAGAACCAACAGCUUCAUGCACGCUGGCAGGACACACUUUAUACACCUGAAUCACGUUUUAUUUAUUUAUUAACAGAUAUUUAGAGACUAUUUAUUUUCUUUAUUGCCAGUUUUUUUUGUUUGUUUGUUUGUUUAGAGCAGAUUUGACUGGAGGUAAAAGUACAUGUACACUGGGGUGUUUGUUCUGUAGUUGUAUAUAUUAUUUCUGACUAGUGGAAAGCACAAAAGAAAUGUUGCGCUUCAGUAAACGGUCUCCUCUACCAUCACCUGUUGUAAUAUUUCUCCUGAUUCGGCCGUCUUCUGCUAUGUUAUGGUGACAUGGAACAGAAACUGCAUGAACCUGUAGAACUGAUGUGAGGCUGUUGUUGGAGCUCGGAGUCAGACUGUAUGCAGGAACGAUGGAAAACGUCCAGGAGCUCAGCUGUUAUUGUCUGAACUCCAAACAGUGUUCUGUGGGUGUCGUCUGACUGUCGCUGUCUGUGCUACACGGUGCUCGUCAGACAGAAGAUGAACAAUGCUGAUGUAUUAAAAUACACUUUAGUUUGUUUUCAACUGGUGCAGAAGGCACGUUUCACUGGAAACUAACCAGUAAAAGCAUUGAUUCGGGA